AUGACGAUUUGUAAAUAUUACCUGGAAGGGCGUUGCAAAUUCGGUAACGCGUGCCAAAAUGAACAUCGUCAGCCAUAUGGAGGCAAUCAACGCUAUAGCAGUUCACAACGCUCAGACAUAUAUGAUCGAAUCAGUUACGGUGAGAAUAACAAAACUUUAAGAAAUUUGUUAGAGUGUUCUGUUAAUAUUUCGACUUCAACAAAUAACAAACUUUAUGAUGAGAGGAGUGUAAGAGCAGAUCUAACUAAAGACCGUCCUGUAUAUCGGUACUCGGUCUACGGACCAUCAAAAGAAGAACCCAAUCUAAUAGAUGGCACAGACUACUCACCAGAAGAGCUGCGACUUCAAUAUUAUAUAAUUAUGGGAACUGUUGGAUGUGAUAUAUCAUACGUAUGUAUUUUGGAGAUAUUUUUUGUACCAAUUAUCUUCCAUUAUAUUUUGCAAACUGCGUCAAUAGUUCUUCGGAGACAACAAAAUGGUGUUAAAGAUUUGGAAAAUCGAACGCAAACGCAAAUAGAUUCUUGUCUUAAAGACUUGCGUAAUUCACUCAACAGAUUCGAGUCAUCAAAACAGCAACAAUCCUCAUUUGGUCAACCGCAACCACAGGGAUUCGGAGUUCCUCAAAGCACAUUUGGAGCUUAUAAUCCCAAUCAACCUUCCGGGUUUGGGGCAACACCUACUUUUGGACAAAAUACAGUUGGAUUUCAAGAAAAUCAACCAGGGUUUGGGGUAAAUGCUAUUGGUGGGACCGGUUCAUUCGGUCAAAAUGCAG